GCGGCGCCCUAAGCGAGGCCCGCGGCCGCCGUGUGCCGCAGCUGGGCCGUGGGGGCGCAGGCUGCGCGGGAGGGCCGCUGGGGCCGCAACACCACUAUUAGGGGCCUCUCGUGCGGCCUCCGCGGGUCGGGGCUUAGCCGGAAGAGGGGAGGCAGCAAGGAAGAAGGCCAGGCCGCCACCAAAGGCUAAGUCUUGAAAACAUGAUUCCUACAACUGUUCACACUGUCCUGAGUGCUCUGUAUUUAUGCUGCCACAGAAAGAACUGGUUACACUUGAAGGAGAAAUACAAGAAACACUAAGGACUGAAAUGUGCUUGCAGCUAAAGUAUCCUCAUCAUGAAUAGGUACACUACUAUCAGACAGCUUGGUGAUGGGACCUACGGCUCUGUUCUCCUAGGGAGAAGCAUUGAAUCCGGAGAGCUAAUAGCUAUUAAAAAAAUGAAGAGAAAGUUUUAUUCCUGGGAGGAAUGCAUGAACCUUCGAGAGGUUAAGUCUCUGAAGAAAUUAAACCAUGCCAAUGUAGUAAAGCUGAAAGAAGUUAUCAGGGAAAAUGAUCAUCUGUAUUUUGUGUUUGAAUACAUGAAGGAAAAUCUUUAUCAGUUAAUGAAAGAAAGAAACAAACUGUUUCCUGAGUCUACAGUUAGAAAUAUUAUGUAUCAGAUCCUGCAAGGACUUGCAUUUAUCCAUAAGCAUGGGUUCUUUCACAGAGACUUGAAGCCUGAAAACCUCCUUUGCAUGGGACCAGAACUUGUGAAAAUAGCAGACUUCGGCUUAGCCCGAGAAAUCCGAUCCAGACCUCCUUACACCGAUUACGUAUCCACAAGAUGGUACAGGGCUCCUGAAGUCCUUCUCAGAUCCACCAGCUAUAGUUCUCCAAUAGAUAUUUGGGCUGUUGGUUGUAUAAUGGCAGAAGUUUACACACUGAGGCCUCUCUUCCCAGGUGCCAGUGAAAUUGAUACUAUAUUCAAAAUUUGUCAAGUGUUGGGAACGCCAAAGAAGAACGACUGGCUUGAAGGCUACCAACUCGCAGCUUCCAUGAAUUUUCGCUGGCCUCAGUGUGUACCUAACAACCUGAAAACCCUCAUACCUAAUGCCAGCAGUGAAGCAGUGCAGCUCAUGAGGGAUAUGCUGCAGUGGGACCCCAAAAAGCGGCCAACAGCUAGUCAGGCACUUCGAUAUCCAUACUUCCAGGUUGGGCAUGCCCUGGGCAUUCAGGCAUUGGGGAAACAAAAAGAACUGCAUAACAAAUCGUCUCUGCAUAUUAAGCCUGUCCCUCCAGCACAACCCCCUCCAAAACCUCAUGCCCGCAUUUCAUCACGGCCUUUUCAACAAAACCAGUCUUCCCAGCACUUGGUGUACCCACAUAAGAAAGACAACUCUGGGGCUGAGCACAGUAACUACUUAAAGGAGGACAAGUCUAACCAGGUUCUUCUGCCAGCCAUUCAUGAUAAGGUGCCUCAGCAGAAAUCUUGUGCUGGAACUGAGAAUAUUAAUGGUGAACUUAAACCAAAACCUAGGCGACGAUGGGGACAUCUUGCCACAACAGUGAAGAAUUCUGAAGACUGGGAUGACUUGGAAGACCCUGAUUUCAGUUCUUCUAUCACAAGAAUUGACGUGAAAAACAAGAAGAGGCAGAGUGAUGAUACUCUUUGUAGAUUUGAAAGCAUUUUGGACUUAAAGCCUUCAGAUGCUGUAGGCUCUGGCAGCAGUGCACCUUCCCACGUGACCUUUUCACGGCAGGACACUCCUACGUUGCGAGUUUCUGCAGCAAAGCAACACUACUUGAGGCAUUCUAGGUAUCUACCUGGAAUAUGCACAAGGAAUAGUAUAGUCUCCACUUCAAACAAAGAGUCUGUUCCACCUAAUCCCUGGCCCAGUUCUGGUUUGCCUGGGAAAGCUUCUGGUCUGGGAGGAAGUAUUAACAGGAUGAAUUCAGGGUCCAUAGGAUCAAGUGGUUAUAUCCCUGCAUUUCUGAAGAAGGAAGUAGCCUCUGCUGGGCAGAGGGUUCAGUUAGCACCAGCUGUGGAAUCACCUUCUAAUUACACUCCCGUGAAUUCAGUACGACCCUAUCUUGGACAGCCAUCAUUUAGUUCACCUACGAAAAGCACACCGAGGUUAAUGCCUUUCCCACCACCAGCUCAGCCAAUCCAUGGGCGCAUUGACUGGUCUGCAAAGUAUGGUGCUCACCGGUGACGCGUGGAAAUACUGUCUAAACCAGUGCAUUUCCCAUGAAGUGGUGGCUAUCACGAAACAAUUUGAUACUGUUUUAUGUACCUCUAAAUCUAAAAGAAACAGAUCCUCUAUGAACAAGACAUUUUGAAGGGUUGUUUUUUUUUACUUUUAUUUGUAUUCACUUGAAUGCAAACUUGUAACUUUUUGUAUAAAAUUGUUUUGUUAUAUAAUUGGGUCCAGUUAUUUUCAUAAAUUGAUACAUUUUGUAUAUAUGGCUUAGGGGUUUUGGCAUUUUUAUAUGAUAAAUUUUUAUAAAAAAUCUUUUUUAAAAUUUCACUUUUCCUUUGUUAGAUGCAGCUUUUUAUAAAAGUGGAUUAAAAAAAGCAAAGUGGUGCAAUAUUGCAGUGGAAGAGAAGUACUGAGGAAGGGGCAUUAAUUAGACAUUUCCUGAAGUUUAUGUGCUAAAUGAGGCUGUAUAAUUUCACUGAUGUCACAUCUUGUUGUCCUUUACUCAUUUGGUUUGUGCUGACAUCAAAGGAAUGAGUAACAGUCUAAACUCCUUUGCAGUCACUGAGAGACUGCUAAAAGUCAGUGGAAGGCUUCUUUUUUAAUGUAUUUUUGCCUUUUAAAGGUUCUGUUGGAUUGGUGUCCAGCUCUAUUCUUUUGCUUUUACCAAAUUUGAGGAAUCUUGUUUGGUGAAGGGUGAGCACCCUUCUGUAUAUCUGUUUUCUGACAGAACACAUUUUUGUCCUGCUUUCAGAGUUGCUUCUUGGCAUUGUUCACUAGGAAAUAGAAGAUGGACCUACCUCUGUUAAAUUCAUUUAAAUGUUCUAAUGAUUUCUAAGCAGAAAAAUCAGAUUCUAUUUUUUGUUGCUGUUAAUAUAAGAUUUGAAUACCUAUUUAGGAUGGUAUUGACAGCUGGUUUCAGAGUAACAAAGUAUUAGUGAUAGACCAGUAGCAGAGUUUAAGCAAACAGUAUCUAUGCAGCUGACUUAGCAUUCACAGCCAUUCUAAAUCACUUUUGGGAAAAAUAAUCCAGAGGAAAUUAGUCAGUUUAAGCUUACUUCAGUUCGUCUUCUCUUCAAUGCAUCUUCACUUACAAUGUCAAGAAUAUGUCAGCUUCCAUAAGUCAGGCCCAAGGCUGUACUGAAAAAAAUGGGACCUUACCUGGUCCUGCUAAAAACUGUUCUAAAUUUGUGGUUGAUUUCACAGAAACUGAUACAGCCCUUUGAAGAGCAGUUUAGCUUAGUUUGUAAGAGCAAAUAAGUUACCAGGUUAUAGAGAAAAGAGAAUAGCCCCAUAAUCUAGUUUAAUUCCGUAAUGGGAAGGAGUGCCAGAUUGCUGCCAUGAGCAAAAGAUUCAUUUAGAUCACAGUCAGCGUUUGGCAGUUCCAGCACUUACUUCCACACAAGGAAGAUAAAACAGUACAGUGCUCUGGAUGAACAUCUUCUAUAGCUGAGUUGUGGAACAGCAGAACCAAAGCUGACAUAUGCUCUGAAAAUGGGUCUUCCUGCAGCAGUGUACAGGAAUGCUCAGUUUUCUGAGCUCAUCUUAUGAACAGAUUGGGCAAAUGGUAUAUUGAUGAGACUUAAAUCCAGUGUGAAGGGAUCAGAGCAGGUAUAGUUCUCAGCACCCGGCCAUUCUGAAGGAGCUGAGUGUCCAGCUACUCCAUUAUUUGUUCAUGCAAGUGCUAACUCUAGGCCAUACCUAGCUGCUUGCAAAGCAGUGGUGCCAAUGCAUAGCAGUAAAACAGAGCAGCCCUUCAAUUUCUGGAGCACACACUGCUAGUGCUUUUUUGGUAAGUGGAAAGGGAAAUAUGUAUAUUUGUGUUAGAACUGGAAAGAGUUGUUUUUCUUGGCAGAAAUAAAUAUAUCUAUAUCUAGAUAUCAUUUAAUUUAUUUUAUCACUCUCUCAAAAGGAAACACUAUCCUAAGUAUCCCUAGACCCAUGUAGGCAAUGUAACUAGUCUGUUCCAUACACUUAAUUCCUACUACAGGAAGUGGGAGAUGGAAAAGUCAUACGAAUGCUCGGGCUUGGAUUCAUGGUGCCUAAACACAAGCUCUUUUAUUGUGAGCUGACUCUAAACUAACGGUGAGUGAGGAUCAUAUUAAGAGAAAUUUGGCUCACUUGAGAACUUAGCUGCCCUAUGGAGACACCUGGGUCUCCCCAUUGAGGAGGGAGGCUACUCCACCUGCUGAAAGUAGCACAGGAUGAAUCUGAACAUGGCCUGUGAUGUCUGAGCCUGUAUCAGCCCUGUGGUGAUUUGGUGUUUUUUCCUUGACUACAGCAUUAAGGUUUUGGUCAGUCAAGUGAAAAAAUCAGAAAAAGUAGAGAAGUAGUAGUACUUUUUUUUUGCAUAUCUCCUCCUUUCCAAAAUUAGAGCCUUUAUGUAGGAAAAAAAAAAAAAAACAAAACAUAAACCCCAAACCUAGUAAUCUUGAUAUUCAGAAUCCCUUCUGCUAGUCUUAACUUUGGGACAGAAAAUGAGCUGAGUAUCGUCACAGCACUGAUAGCCUUUACUCAAGACUCCAGCGAAUUCCAGCUGAAGCUGGAAGAGUUUUUUGCUUGAAGACUGAGCGGGGUAUGGUGAGUGUUUUACUGUGCUGUCUCAGUGUGCAGUGCACAUAUGGAAAAGAUGUAGGGCUUCAUUAUACUGCAGUCUAGAGCAGCAGCAUAUUUGAGGAUUUAUCACAUGUAACCUACUACUUUGUGCUUUCAUAUUUAGCAGUGUCUUUACAUAAAAUGUUUUUAGAAUUCUGCUGUUUACAUUUUGUCAGGCUUCUGCAUCACAUGUAAUAAUGACUGCUGGAAGGAAAGGAGCCUGGCAAGUGGGCUCAUUCACCUCUGUCAUCCAAAUUUUGUUCCUGAAAGUAUUGUGUCAGUGCCACAAUGUUAGCAAAAAAAGAAAGAAAGAAACUAAGCUGGAAAACCCACUUCCACGGUAUCUCUGUGUGUAAUAAGGCUGUUGAUAUGAGCAGGAUGUUCUGUAAUUUGAGGAGAAGAUACCAGCUGAAAGAACAUGUUUGAACUUACGUGGAAGGAGAGGGUGGAAUUGUCAGAGUGAGUAAAGAAAUAACAGUUCUUGUUUAUUCUGUGGUUUUGUUCAAAAUCUUACAUGUUUGUUUCAUUCCUUCUGUGUCAAGUGUCCUGCCCGGGAUAAAGUUACUGUUGAAGAAAUAUCAACUGACUGACAAGGGUCUUUUUUGAUCUUUUCCUCAGUUUUUAAUAAAGACACUGUAGUUUGGC